UGUUUCGACGGCUGGCUGCCAGAGCCUUAGCAACAGUCAUUUAGCUUGUUUUAAAUAGAUUCUUGCUAUUUUGGCUCUAAAUCGAGAUCAUUGACAGUAAACGUCGCUUAAUUUGAAUAAACUUAUAGUUUAACACUAUAUAGUAAUCAGUGUACCUAGUUAAUUCGCUACUAAAUUUAAAGAAAACGCGUCAUGUUCCACAAAAGGUAGUUUUUAAGAUUUUGUGUUGUGGUACUGUGCAUCACACCAUAAAGAAAUGAUGGCUUGGUGUUUUCCGCGAUUUAGCACACUGAAACUGGGAUGGCGAGCUCUGAAUUCAAGCAAGUUAUCUCUGAUCAGCUCGGUCCAGUCGCUGCGCUGCUGCAGCAGUCACUCUCAAAUCAGCCACACUCGUUUUGGUCUGCUUUUUGACAUUGAUGGGGUCCUUGUUCGUGGAAGAACUCCAAUCCCAGCAGCAAAGCAGUGCUUUAGAAAUUUGGUGGAUGGAAAUGGAAAAUAUAAAGUGCCUGUGGUCUUUGUGACCAAUGCAGGAAACUGUCUCCGACAGACCAAGGCUGAGCAGCUAUCUCAUCUUCUAGAAGUGGAGGUGUCACCAGAUCAGGUCAUGUUGUCCCACAGCCCUUUGCGAGUCUUUAGUCAGUUCCAUAAGAAGUGUGUGUUAGUGUCUGGACAAGGGCCAGUAGUUGAAGUUGCACACAAUUUAGGUUUUCAGAAUGUUGUCACCAUAGAUAUGGUGCGAGAGGCAUACCCUCUUCAGGAUAUGGUGGAUCACAAUCGCAGGCCAAAAGACAAGGUUCCACCAUCCAAGGACUUGCAGCCAAUUGAGGCUGUCAUUCUCUUUGGUGAGCCAAUCAGGUGGGAGACUAACCUUCAGUUAAUUGUGGAUGUUCUUCUGACCAAUGGAAGACCAGGAGAACCUGUUACAUCACUGCAUUACCCACAUAUUCCUGUGCUGGCCUGUAACAUGGAUCUGUUGUGGAUGGCAGAGGCAAGGAGUCCUAGAUUUGGUCAUGGAAUGUUCCUAGUGGGUUUGGAGAGCAUCUAUAAGAAGAUCACAGGCUGUGACCUGGAAUAUAAGGCUCUGAUUGGAAAGCCAAGUGUGGUGACCUAUAACUAUGCAGAGCUGCUGAUCAGACAGCAGGCUGAGGAACUGGGUUGGACAGAACCCGUACAGAGACUUUAUGCCAUUGGGGAUAACCCCAUGGCUGACAUAUAUGGUGCAAACCUCUACAAUUGCUACUUGCAGUCGAUGCAUCAAUCCAGGGCUCAGGCACAGGCUCAUGUUGGCUCAGCCGGGCAGGUAGCUGUUGAUGUUGAAUAUAAGGUCGUUGAUGAUGCUAAAAACUCAGGUCAGGUGAUAGUUGGGGACUCAUAUGAGCAUUGUUUGCCUGAGAGCUGCACUUCCGUCCUGGUGUGCACAGGUGUUUACAACAGAGAUAAGCCAGACCUUUCUCCUGAGCAAAGAGUUACAGGACAAGCCAUCUUCCAUGGGCAUCGGGAUUUCCGCUUCGACCCCACCCUGACCCAGCCCUCCUUUGUAGUUCAUGAUGUACAGGAGGCUGUAGAGCUUAUUUUUCAGCAAGAGGGCUGGAGUCUGGAAUAAACCAGAGAAUUCAUAGGCCAGUGCAAAAGAUGACAAACAUUGGGAUUGUCUUAAAUAUCAGAGGGCUGAGCAGGGCCAACUUUACACUCAAAGAAAUAUGGAAAACCACCUGGUCAAAAGCACAAUGUGGCAUUAACCCCAAUUUUAACCACUACACAGUAGUGUAUGCAGGAGCCAUGUACAACAAUAGAUGCUAUGCUAGUUAACUGUUUUAAUUUUUAUACUUUACUUUUAGCAAAAGGGAAAGCAGUUCCACGCCUAACUGUCAUAAGAUUUUUAACUAGGCCAUUAUUGUGCAAAAAUGUCCCUUAUAUUUGGUGUUUUAAAUAACACUUUUUUUUUAUUGGUGCCAAAUUUUAUACUUAAUGCUUACAAUCAUUUUAUAAUUCACAAUUUUACUUUAGUGGUCAUCUUUUACUAACAUGAAAAGGGUAAAAAAUUUUAAUACAUUAAAAUAGGGAUGCACCAAUUCCAUCUCUGUUGUUUGAUGGGUGAUACUUUACUUAUCAUUUCUGCUGUAAAUUCUCUUUGCCAGUUUACUUACGUUAUGUGAAACAUCACACACUGUUUAAUUCCAGUCCUAAUGUGUACCUUUGCUUGUUACAUGUGUGGAACAGUAAUAAGUAUGUUUUAGUAUCCUAAGUUUUACAUUUUCCCUUCAAAACUAUUAAAGGUACAUAUUAUUUUUCAUAAAUUAUUGUAACAACCUGACACCUUUAAAUAAAUAAAAAAUCAA